ACUGGGAAUAUCAAUCUACGUCAUGGCGCAAGAGACUCAUAUGCUGCAAAGCCCAGCUCUCAACUCACAUCACGAUGUUUUUCACUCAGAGAACACGCUCCAUCUAAACCAGAAACGAGCGGCUACAACCACGGUACCAGGGAUGGGGGAGUCAUGUAUUCACCAAGUCUUCGCUCAACGGGUACGGGAGAGUCCGGACUCGGAAGCUGUUUGUGGCUGGGAUCAACAGUUUUCUUAUUCGGAGCUGGAUACGCUAUCUUCGAGGCUUGCUUUUCGGCUCGUUUCAUUAAACGUAGGAUCGGAAGUGUUGGUGCCACUCUGCUUCGAGAAAUCAGCAUGGACAAUUGUGGCCAUGAUGGCAGUGUUGAAAGCUGGAGGAGCAUUUGUACCCCUGGACCCUUCAUACCCCGUGAAGCGACUGGAACAAAUAAUCCACCAGACUGGCGCGAAUUUAAUCCUCACCUCAACUCAAUAUACCGAUCUCUGCAGGCCCCUGGUCCGGAAAUUGCUUCCAGUGAGCUCCUCUACAUUUGAUGAGCUGCCAGCGCCCAGCGAUGCUGCCUCUUUCUCGUCGCAACCAAGUAGUGCAGCGUACGUGAUCUUCACGUCUGGAAGUACUGGUCAGCCAAAGGGUGUGGUUGUCGAGCAUCGGGCAUUUUGCGCUUGUGCUGUUGCUCAUGGUCCAGCUCACCGGAUCGAAUCGACAUCUAGGGUCCUGCAAUUUGCAUCUUACAGUUUUGAUGCCAGUCUCGUCGAAAUAUUAACGACUCUUAUGUCAGGCGGCUGCUGUUGUGUACCAAGCGCGAUAGAUCGCGUCAAUGAUCUUGCUCGGGCAAUGCACGAGUUGAGAGUAGAUCUUGCAAUCCUCACACCCACUGUUGCAGCUCUAUUAGCUCCCAAGGCCAUUCCCCUGCUGAAGACCCUCGUUAUGGUCGGGGAGACAAUGCAGAAGUCUCAGAUUCAAGAUUGGGCCGAUAUUCCACAUCUGUUAUGUGCAUAUGGCCCAACCGAAGCCUCAGUUUCUGCAACUGUCAACUCUCGAGUGACUGAGGCGGCUGGGCCCGCAAAUCUUGGUGUUCCUGUUGGAUGUCACAUGUGGAUAAUUGAUCCAGAUGACCAUAAUCGACUUCUUCCCGAGGGCGAAAUCGGAGAGGCACUAAUCGAAGGGCCCAAUCUUGCUCGAGGAUAUUUGAACGAUCCAGAAAGAACGAGAGCUGCAUUCAUUGACAACACCACCUGGCAAAAGCCUGGACAAAGAUUUUACAAAACCGGGGAUUUGAUGCGCCGAAAUGUUGAUGGCACUUUGGAUUUUGUUGGUCGCAAGGACAUGCAAAUCAAGAUUCGAGGCCAGCGAGUUGAAAUUGGGGAAAUUGAGCAAUGCCUGGCUGGGGAAGAUGGAGUCUCACAAACGGUUGUAGUGUGGCCAAAUUUUGGUCCAUAUGCUUGCCGCUUAGUCGGAAUCGUUUGUUUAGAGACAUUAUCGAACAAGAUGGUGGAUACCAAAGAUCUCCGGCUUCUUCGGGGGGUAGAAUCGGUGAAGGCGCAGGAGUAUCUUUCUAGGCUCAUGGCGAGAGCAGAAGUCAGCUUGCCCUCUUUCAUGAUUCCGGCUGUCAUAUUGCCGGUUGAGGCCAUUCCACUUCUGCUUUCUGGAAAGGUCAACAGAUCUCAAAUGACUGAGUGGAUUGGAGGCCUUGACGAUGCAACCUUACUUGAUAUUCAAACGAGAAAGGAUGACAGAGAUGGACGCACAACAAGGACGAAACUGGAGCUCAUGAUGUCACAAAUAUGGGCAAAAGUUCUCAAUAUACCAUCCGAUCAGAUACUCCUGGAUAAGUCCUUCCUUUCCUACGGGGGAGAUUCGGUAUCAGCAAUCCAAGUAGUGUCAAAGUGUCGAGAAAAAGGAAUGAAAAUAGCCGUGCAAGACAUCCUCAAAUGGAAAACUAUCUCACGACUGCUUCCACAGGUCGUGGUCAGCGUCAAAUUUGCUCCUAUUCGAGAGGAGUCAAUUGAGAAGCCAUUCAAGUUAUCGCCAAUCCAACAAAUGUUCUUCGAAACAUCACCGAACGGAGAAACUCACUUCAACCAGAGCUUUCUUCUGCGAGCGAAACGUGUGAUUAAGUCGAGCGAGAUGCAGCGAGCGUUGGAAGCGGUCAUAAAGCGACAUUCUAUGCUCCGUGCCCGCUUCGUCGUUGAUAAAACUGGCUUAUGGGUACAGAGAAUAACGAACAAUGUGUCUGGCUCCUACCGCUUUCAAUAUCACAAAUCUGCAUCCUUCGAUGCAAUUCUCCCCAUCCUGAAUUCGCGACAGGAAAGUCUGGACAUCAUGAAUGGACCGGUCCUCGUCUGUGAUUUAUUUUAUACAAAGCAAGGUUGUUUUGUUUCUGUUAUUGCUCACCAUGUUGUGGUCGAUCUGGUUUCGUGGAGGAUCAUAUUCGACGACCUAGAGCAAUCGCUAGAGCCAGGAGAUAGUCUCCCGGAUGUCCCUGUGUCUUUUCAAAAUUGGUGUAUACUGCAGGCAGAAUACAGCCAAGAACAUCUCACUCCUGGAGCCGCAUACCCAUUCGCAGUCGAACCGCCAAACCCCGAAUUCUGGAAGAUGGACAUUGCACACAAUUUUCAUAGGGACACCCGUGAAGAAGUCUUUGAGCUAGAUGAAGAAUUGACAACCUCGCUCCUGAAGGGUGAAGAUUGCCAUAGGGCUCUUCGAACAGAGCCGAUGGAUCUGUUCUUGUCAGCUCUGUUUUAUUCUUUCCGAGAAGCAUUUCCAGAACGCGAAACCCCAUCAAUACACGUGGAAGGUCAUGGUCGAGAGGUGUGGGACUCUAAUAUCGAUAUUUCUCAAACAGUUGGAUGGUUUACAACACUUUGCCCACUCCAUAUCCCAAUUGGUGACAACGAUACAAUAAUUGAUGUGGUACGAUUUACAAAAGAUGUCCGGCAAGCGAUUCCACACAAAGGAUGGGGCUAUUUCGCAUCUCGAUACCUAAAUCCAGAGGGGAGGAAGACACUAGCCAUAGAUGGACCGAUGGAGCUCGUUUUCAACUACUCUGGGUUGUACCAGCAACUGGAGCGCCCUGAUGGUCUCUUGGAGCAGGUUGAGUCAUCAAUGCAGGAAUCUGCAGCCAAGUCAAUGACCCGUUUCAGUCUCUUUGAAGUCAACGCAUAUGUCGAGCAGGGCCGCCUCCGGUUCUCCUUCAAAUUUAAUUCCCGCAUGGCUCAUCAGGAACGCAUUCAGAAGUGGAACGUAUCAGUUAAACAGUGUCUCAAAGAUCUGGCAGAGAAUAUCAGGCAGUUACCAGUCCAGUACACUCUCAGCGACUUUCCAAAAGCUCGAUUGACGUAUGGUUCUCUGGACACUUUAGCUGAAAAGGUAUUAUCACAUCCGGGCAUGACUGCAAAUGUUGAGAUUGAGGACAUAUAUCCCUGUGCUCCAAUGCAACAAGGAAUUUUAAUAAGUCAGGUCAAAGGUUCAGCGAGCUACAACACUCAUACCUUGUGGGAAGUAGAGUCAAGCCCAGGAAGUCAAAGGGUUGACAUAGAGAGACUUGAGCACGCAUGGCGGCAGGUCGUUUCUCGCCACCCUUGCUUACGGACAAUAUUUGUGGAAAACGUCACAGCAAACGAGUCCUUCCAUCAAGUAGUAUUGAAGAACGUCGAAGUAAAAGUUGUUAAACGGCAAUGGGUUAGCAAAUCGCUUGAAUUACAUCAGCCAUGCGGUGAAUUAAAUGGCCAGGCUCAACUUCCCCUCCAAUUUACGAUCUAUGAAGCUGAGAACGGGAGGGUAUUCAGCAGUUUGAAUAUUAGCCAUUUGGUCAUGGAUGGCCUUUCAAUCGACAACAUCAUCCGCGACAUUCUCCUGGCGUAUGACGAUCGAUUGCCGCCUGCUCCUGCAUCAUCGUACGGAGAUUACAUAUCACUCCUCCGUGGCCUGGACCACACAAAAUCUCUCCGAUUCUGGAAGGUACGCCUUGCAGAUCUUGAACCUUGCUUGUUUCCAACGCUCGAGGUGAGCUCAGAUGUGAAAAAAGAACUACGGAGCAUGGGGUCUAUGAUUUCCCCCGGCCAAGCCAAGAAGUUAUGGGAAUUUUGCGAGAAAGAAAAUUAUACAAUGUCAACGCUCUUCCAACUCGCCUGGGCAAUAGUUUUACAAUCAUACGUUGGCACUAAUGAUGUCUGUUUCGGCUAUUUAGUUUCUGGUCGGGAUGUUCCCCUCCCCGGUAUCGAAGACCUCGUUGGCGCUUUCUCGAACAUGCUAAUAUGCCGUGCCGAUCUAUCAAAGAUGGAUUCGGUCUCGUCCGCACUUGAAUCCAUGCAGGCUGAUGCUCUAAUGUGUCUGGAGCAUGAAUUUUGCUCUCUUGGAGAUGUACAUAACGUUCUCGGGGUCCCCGCAUUGUUCAACACGAUCAUUUCUUAUCAACGGCAUGAAGCAAGCAAAGUCGCAGUGAAAUCCAGCAUUGAAUUUGAGAAGAUAGGAGAGUAUGACCCAAGCGAGUAUGACCUAGCCGUCGGCGUACACGUGUUUGAUGGGAAGAUCUUUGUGAAGAUGGACUUUCAAUCGGAACUACUCUCGCGAGAUCAUGCCGAACACGUUAUCGACACACUCAACGCAGUUCUGAGCGCCUUUGCGGACAACCCUUCCCAGGAUAUCAGAACUGUCAAUCGCGUCGGCAAUAAAGGGCGGGAUGCAAUAUUAUCGUUUGCGGCCCAGGAGCUUGAAAGAUCAACCGAGUGCAUCCACUCUGCCAUUAAGCAACAAGUUGCUUAUUGCCCCGAAGCUUCCGCUAUCGAUGCUUGGGAUGCAUCAUUUUCAUACGGCGAACUUUACAAAAUAUCUUUCCUGGUCGCAAAGGGCCUACUAGAUAUUGGACUGGGUCCCCAGGCAGUGGUUCCUCUUCUAUUCGAAAAGUCGGGAUGGACAACCGUGGCAAUGCUUGCUGUGAUGCUGGCAGGCGGCAUUUUCGUCCUGUUGGAUCCGUCACAUCCAAAAGCCAGGCUGGAAGAGAUCGUAGCUCAGAUUUCUCCGACCGUUGUGAUCUCAUCUCGGCAGCAAACAGAACUUGCGUCGUCGUUUGUCGGGACUGUUUUCGAGGUUGGGCCAGAUAUAGUUGAGCGAUCGAGAGAGUCAGAGAAGAUUACCCUCGCAGAUGGCUUGAAAUCUACGGAUGCUGCCUUUAUCAUAUUCACAUCUGGCUCAACCGGAAAGCCGAAAGGAGUUGUCAUCGAACAUGGCGCAUUUGUGUCUGCCGCAAAGGCUCAUAGCGGGCCGUUGGAGAUGACGAACAGCUCGCGAGUCCUCCAAUUUGCGUCAUACAGCUUCGACGCUUGCCUUUUGGAGAUCCUUACAACAUUGAUCUCGGGUGGCACAGUUUGCGUACCAACUGAAGCUGAUAGGUCGAGCAAUCUCCCAAAAACCAUGCGCGAUCUUGAAAUAACAUGGGCCAACUUGACCCCUUUGGUAGCAGAUGUCCUACUGAAAGAAUAUCUGCCUUGCCUUCAAACACUCGUCGUUGCUGGGGAGGUAAUGUCUCAAGAACAAAUCCGUUCUUGGGCGAACUGCUCCACGCAUCUCAUCAACGGCUAUGGGCCAACAGAAGCCACGGUGGCCGCGACGUUGAACUUGGAUGCCAUAAACUCUGUUGCAUCUAACAUCGGUCAUCCAGUAGGAUGUAGAGUUUGGAUACUAGACAGUUGCCAAAACCUGGUUCCUCCAGGAGCUCUUGGACAACUCUUUAUUGAUGGCCCAACUCUCGCUCGUGGAUACUUCGAUGAUCCAGAAAAGACAGCUGCGGCCUUUAUUGAGCCUCCUUCGUGGCUCAAGACAAAGUAUCCGCAUAUCUACAUGACAGGUGACCUAGUACGGUAUAGUCUUGACGGGAGUAUGUCUUUCGUUGGUCGCAAGGAUACAUCACAAGUGAAGAUUCGCGGUCAACGAGUAGAGGUUAGCGAAGUUGAGGAUGGUGUGCGUUCUCUCUUGCCUAAUCAUCGUCAGGUUGCGGUUGUGUUUCGAAAACUUCUUGCGGGUCGUGGACAAUUGAUAGCCUUCAUCGUCCUGCCUGGUCAGUCAUCAGGCGACACCAUCCUGGAGAUGGAUGAAACGACCAGAUACCAGUUUUGCGAAAUUCGCCAGUCGCUGCUGCUUUCACUGCCUAAAUACAUGGUCCCUGAUAUGUUCAUACCUUUAACGAAGAUGCCGUUGAAAUUGUCAGGAAAACUAGACCGGGCGUAUUUGCGCGAAUUAGUGGACUGUCUGUCACACUAUCAGAUAUCGCUAUAUUCACUAGCCGAGGCCGUUGCCCAAGACGUUGCGCCACAAACAGGGACGGAGAAGAUGCUGCAGAGGUUGUGGUGCACAGUGCUCGGAAUUGGCCCUCAACAAAUCAGAUCACAAAGCAACUUCUUUAAAAUAGGCGGGGAUUCGGUUCUUGCGAUGAAGCUCACAGCAAACGCCCACAACGAAGGACUUUUCCUCACUGUUUCGGCAGUCUUCCAAGACCCUACUCUUCAAGGCAUGGCGGCUUAUCUCGAUUCCCAAGGGUCACUGAACGAAAUCCCUGUGGUUAACAUCGAGCCGUUUACACUCCUUCGAGGCAUCCGUGGAUCCACGGAAGAAAUCCGCACUUCCGUAGCAUUACAGUGUGCGCUCUCACUAGAUAAUAUCCACGACAUCUAUCCAUGCACACCGCUUCAAGAAGGCCUCAUAGCCCUGUCUAUGAAACAGCCUAGAUGCUACGUAGCCCAGUACGUACUUCAGCUACCGAGUGGGCUGGAUGUUGAGCGCUUCAAGGCUGCUUGGGAAAACGUGGUUGCCACUACUGAAGUUUUCCGGACUAGAAUUGUCGUGAAUGGCCUGACCAUCCUGCAAGCCGUUGUUGAGCAGAAAAUACAUUGGGAAUACAGCCAAAUUCAAGAAUCUCCGACCACUGCAGUUCACAAUGUGGCACCCAUACAGCUUGGCAUGCCACUACAACACUUCGAGAUUUUGGAAGGCCCAGAAGAAUGCUUCUUUCGCUUGACAGUACAUCAUGCAAUCUAUGAUGGCUGGUCACUAUUUCUCGUGUUCAAGCAGGUAGAAGCGCUGUAUGGUGGACACUCGCCACAGCACUUGACACCUUUCAAUCGAUUUAUUGCGCACUUGGCUGAGGCGAACGGGAAUAGCAGUGAGUACUGGCACACACAAUUUCUGGGUGCUAAUAUCCACCACUUCCCAGACCCUGUCCACGAUGGGUAUAUUUGCCGUGGCCAUGAGUCGAUAACACGAAAAUUGAAAGACGUGGAAGUCGUUGGAACAGGCGUAACACCGUCAACAAUUCUGCGCGCUGCCUGGGCAAUUACUAUUGCUCGAGCAACGGUAUCCAACGAUGUUCUAUUCGGGGUGGUCUUAAGUGGACGAAAUGUUCCCAUUGCUGAAGCAACGAGAAUUGUUGGCCCUACAAUCACGACUGUACCAAUUCGUGUUAAGCUAGACUUGUCACAACCAAUCUCCGACUUCCUACAAGACCUGCAAAAACAUGCCACAGAAAUGAUUCCUCAUGAACACGCUGGCUUACAAGUGAUUAAGAAUUAUAGCAAGAAUAAGGAUGCCGCCGCUUUCACUAGUGUCAUUGUUGUACAAUCUAAGGACACUGAUAUCGACUCAAUCAAGUUCAUGGGCUCCGAGAUUGUGCAUGUCAUGAACGCGGACUUUGAUACCUAUCCAUUAGUAUUAGAAUACAGGCCAGGAGCCAAGGCUGAAAGUAUCCUAUGCGCUCGUUACGACAAACAAAUAAUCUCUUCGGAGAAAAUGGAUGCAGUACUGGAAGACUUCCAAUUUGUUCUUCAGCAGAUUAGCGGGAAAAUCGAUGCGAAAAUUGGCGACUUGAUGGUCUUUGAAGCCAGGGAAGAGGAACACCACCACACAAGUAACACCGACGCGCAGUCGCUAAAGGAGAAACUGGAGAGCAACUGGAAGGAGACAAGGCUACAAACCCCUUUUCCAUCGUACAAACCCUUGGAUUUUUGUUCUUUGACAGAGCCUGAGAAACAACUGCAGAAGCUUUGGAGCCGUCUCUUAGGAAUAUCGACGACACGAAUUGGCCUAGAGGACAAUUUCUUCCGUUUGGGAGGAGAUUCAAUUGCUGCUAUCAAGCUCACUGCAGCGGCCAGGGUUCAGAAUAUUAGCCUGCCAGUCGCCACUAUUUUUAAUAAUCCAACGCUCUCCGAAAUGGCGAAGGAGAUGGAGACGACGAAUGGGAAUGAGGAAACGGUAGCGCCAUUCGCUUUGAUUGAAUCGUCCGAAACUGACGUUUUGGAAUCUGUUGCUCUACAGUGCAGCAUUAUGGCUGGCCAGAUUGAGGACUUAUACCCCUGUUCGCCUUUACAAGAGGGGCUCAUGGCUCUGUCAACGAAGCAACCUGGGACGUAUGUGGCACAGUACAUCUUCCGUAUACCGCAUUCCAUUGACUUGGAACAUUUCAAGAAGGCAUGGAAUUCAACCAGCCAACUCCAUACUAUCCUUAGGACUCGGAUUAUUCUGCAAGGCUCGGUGAUGUUGCAAGUGGUUGUCAAGGAAGCUGCAAAAUUUGAAAACCAUUCAACGGCUGAUCUCGACGGGUUUCUUCGCGAGAAUACCCUACAAGUUGGGUUUGGAGCCAGGCUGAGUCGCUUCAUGAUUGUUCAGACGGCUGAUGGUGGUCAAUACUUUGUUCUCUUACUCCAUCACACCACCUUCGACGCGUGGAGCCUUCCUAAACUCUUUGAUAGUGUCACCCGAUUCUAUGAGCAGAGACUGGUCAGCAAACCAACACCAUACAAUAGCUUCAUUGAUUACAUCCUGAAUGACAACAAAGAAUCAAUGGCUUUAUUUUGGGCAACGUAUUUGAAGGACUUGGAUACCUCACAUUUUCCACAACUACCUACGCCAAGCUAUACACCAUCAGAGACAAAGACAAUUCGCCGGUCCAUCUCAAUCUCGCGACCGAGCGAGUCUCAAAUCACCACUUCUACACUGCUACGCGGUGCAUGGGCCGUAACUCUAGGAAGUUACUCGAACUGUAAGGAUGUGGUUUUCUGUACCACUUUGAGUGGGCGAAACACACCAUUGCAAGGAAUCAUGGGGAUCACAGGACCAACGAUCGCGACGGUGCCUAUUCGUAUUGACGUGGAUUUAAAGCAAUCAGGCAAAGACUUCCUUCAAGCCAUUCAAUCCCAAACAGGUGCCAUGAUUCCUUUCGAGCAGUAUGGCCUGCAAAACAUUCGGCGCAUAAGCACAGAUGCGAUGAAAGCUUGCGAUGCUCCGAGCCUUCUGGUGAUUCGACCAGAGGAAGACGACAAUAGCGAUAAUCGCCUUCUUGGCCUUGACCCUGUUUUGACACCUAUUGCCAACAUCAGUUCAUACCCACUAGCCAUUGAGUGUAAGAUCGACAACGGACGUGUGGAUGUAUUUGGCUACUAUGACGACUCCAUCGUUAGCGAGACCCAGAUGCACAGAAUACUACACCACUUUGAGCAUGUUCUCAGACAGCUCGGUGAGGAGUCGUUAAAUAUACUUGGAGAACUAUCAAAAGUUAGCCCAUACGAUUACAAUGUACUCGAUAAAUGGAACAAAGACGUCCCACAGGUUAUAGAGAAAUGUAUCCACGAGAUCACUCAUAACCAGGCGAUUGCAACACCAGAUGCACCUGCAGUCUGGGCGUGGGAUGUGAAAUGGUCUCACGCUGAGUUAGAUAGACUUUCGUCAUAUCUAGCCUACGACCUGAUUCAAGUUGGAGUUAAAUCGGAAGAUAUAGUUCCUAUGUGCUUCGAGAGGUCUGGCUGGGUAGUGGUUGCGAUGCUUGGAAUUCUCAAAGCCGGCGGCGCAUUUCUCCCAUGGGAUCCCGCCCAUCCAGAAGAACGAAGGAAGGAAAUGAUUCGACAAACAGGUUCUGAGGUUGUAGUGACAUCAAAACAAACUGCAGUUCUCUGCUCAGGGUUGGCCAAAACUACAUUCGUAGUGGACCCUGGAUUAUUUGACCAGCGAGACGUGGAGCUGGAACCACACGAUGAUCCUCACACAGCUGCAUAUGUCAUUUAUACCAGUGGCAGCACAGGAAAGCCGAAAGGGGUGGUGAUUGAACACAAGGCUUACUCAACAUCUGCUAUCGCCCAUGGCCCUGUGCACCGCAUACAUUCUAAAUCACGAGUGGCACAAUUUGCUUCUUACAGUGUGGACGCAAUAUGUCUGGAGAUAAUUACUUCAAUCAUGAUGGGUGGUUGCACAUGCAUCUGCAGUGAUUCUCGACGAAACAAUGGGUUGGGAAUUGCGUUAAAUGAGAUGGGUGUUACUGUGGCAGCGCUGACGCCUUCUGUCUUGUCACUUAUGUCACCAGAGGAGCUUCCACAACUGGAGACUGUGAUUGUGGUUGGUGAGGCGGCUCCGCCCGCGUUGGUAGAGAGAUGGAGAAUCUAUUUCCAUUUGAUUAAUGGAUAUGGGCCGACAGAGUCAUCGCUUUCGGCGGUAAUGAAUGAGAAGAUGACGGCAGCUGCGAGAUCGAAUAUUGGACAUGCUGUCGGGUGUGUGACGUGGAUUGCGGACAUGUACAAUCAUGAACGGCUGGUCCCAAUUGGUUGCAUUGGGGAAUUAAUCAUAGAGGGGCCUACACUUGCUCGAGGUUAUCUCCAUGAUGAGACGAAGACCUCUCAAGCCUUUGUUGAAAAUCCCGGAUGGCUUGAGAGACGUGGCUCCAAGCUAUACAAGACGGGUGAUCUUGUUCGGUAUGAUCCUGACGGGACGAUAGUCUUCGUUGGUAGGAAAGACAUGCAGGUGAAGAUCAAUGGGCAUCGUAUUGAGUUGGGUGAAAUUGAGCACCAUAUCAUGCGAGCUUUGCAUUUCGUACAGCAAGCAGUAGUGGAGACAAUUACCACGGAUGACGCCCGGGUAUUAGUCGCAGUCCUCAUCAUCAAAGACACUCAGGAAUUGGAUGUUCAGUCUGCAGAAGCUUGCACAAUGACACCAGCUCUCAAGUUGCAUCUGCAGACACUUGAAAGGUUGCUGAUCUCUACUCUACCGACGUACAUGGUUCCCAACCUCUGGAUCCCGAUAAAUGAAAUGCCUUUCGCGUCCUCCGGCAAGGUGGAUCGGAAGCGGCUUCAGGAACUUGCUACAGUAAUUUGGAACACACAAAGAACACAAUACGCGCUCUCAGACGGUACCAAACGUGAGCCAAUGGGAUUUGCAUUGGAGUUGCGGAAAAUGUGGUCCACUGUGCUGAAUCUGCCUGUUGAAGAGAUUGGUGCUGACGACAAUUUCUUCCAUAUUGGAGCAGACUCGAUCGCUGCAAUGAAAUUAGCAGGAUAUGCUUCAAAACAGGGAUGGGAGCUUUCAGUAGCGUCAAUUUUCCACACUCCUAUCCUUGAUGGCAUGGCGAAGAUUCUCGUACCGGGGACACAGCUGCAUGAAGAAGCACCAAAGCCCUUCUCUCUUCUCUGCAAUACCAACAUUGAUGCAUUUUUCAAGGAGAUCCGUUCCAGGCUCUUUGACCCAGAGUGCCAAAUUGAAGAUGUAAUGCCAUCGACAGACUUUCAAGCGUGGGCAGUUUCUUAUGGGUCAAUGAAUGCAGGAUUCAUCACCUACAUGAAUCUUAUUCCUGCAAAGGAGCUUGACGAAGAUCGAUUGGAGGAGGCUUGUCGUGACGUUGUUUCAUCACAUUCAAUCCUUAGGACGACAUUUGUCCUUUAUCGGAAUGAAAUUCUCCAAGUGGUCUUGAAGAACCCCUUGCUCCACUUUGAGCGUAUCAAAUGUGUUGAGAGUAUCGAUGUCACUUGGCACCAAUGGUUUCAGAAGCAACAGCAAUUGCGCUUGGGGGAAAACAUCGUCAAAUUUGUUUUCCUGACCCACAAGACUGACCAACGACUCGUUAUGCGUAUAUCCCAUGCUCAAUAUGAUGGGAUUUCAUUUCCAUCGAUAUGGAAGUCUCUUAGCCAAGCAUACGCAGGUCAAGAUAUCCCAUCAAGCUCCCCUUUCUCGACAUUCAUCAGUGCUAUUGCAGACAAAACAGAUGCCCGAGAAUACUGGAAAGACCUGCUAGCAAACUCCAAAAUGACGUCUAUAGCGAGUAAUUUCAGCCCCUCAUACCGCAGGCCACUGGAUCAAACCAUCGAUCAGAUAAUAGAUCUACCUUCAAUUCAUCCUGAUUUCACGCUCGCUACGUUUAUCAAAGCCUCGUGGUCAAUUGUUCUGUCUCAUAUCGCCAACGAAAGCGACCUCGUCUUCGGAAAUCUUGUCUCUGGUCGUAGUCUUUCAUUGGAUAGAGUAGUUGGUCCCUGUUUGAAUAUCGUUCCGGUGCGAGUCCGCCUUGAUCCCUCAUGUACUGUUUUGGAACUCCUGCGCCAAAUCCAAAACCAACAGUUGUCAUCAAUUCCAUUCGAAACACUAGGCUUCAGAGAAAUUGUCAAAGUCGCUGACUGGCACCCUUCCACGCGAUACAGCUCAGUGGUACAGCACCAAAACAUCCCGGAGUUGAAGAAGAAGGUUUUGAUGGAUGGUGUGGAGUGUGAGGCAUUUGCGUACAGAGACGCUAUUGAUACCAGUGAUAUUGAGAUUCUGUCCAUGACGUUGGACGGAAAGCUGAAGGUUGAAAUUGGAUACUGUGAGGAGGUUAUUUCCCAACCAGAGGCAAAUAUUUGGCUUGAAAUAUUAUGCCGUCUAGUGGCACAGCUCUCUGACAUCCUCGAUACCAAGGUGGCGAAUAUUGACGUCGCGCAUUUUGACGUGGCGAAGGGAAGAGAACCCAGUGUUGAUUCAACUUCUACGCCUUCUGCCACAAACAACUCGACUGGACUAACUCCAGGGUCAGCUGUAGCCAGUAUUCGACAUUUGAGUAUGUUGGAGUCAAAACUGCAAUCUCUGUGGCACAGCGUAUUGGAUAAGGGACAAUUCAAAAAUAGGUGGUCGGAUAUACCUCCAUCGACAUCAUUCUUCUCUCUUCCCGGCGCAGAUCUCGUUUCUGCUUGCAUUUUAGCGUCUCGUUUUCAGCAGGAAGGUUACGGUUUGACUGCGAGGGAAGUUAUAGAUAAUGAUACUUUGGAAGGUCAAGCUGUGUUGAUUGAACAGAGGGGAGUAAGAGAUCGCCAAUAUGGAUAUUUUUGAUUGGAUCAAAAAGUUAUGUACUUCAACAAGCCCUGGGUAGGAUGUAGAUUUUACUUAUUUGCUUGAGUUUCUUCAUUUAUUCGGUG